CUGGCGAUGCUAACGGCAUCAUUAGCGUGGUUUCACCGAGCAGAUCUACGACAUCUUCCAGCUCCUUCCCCAGUCCACCCAGGUCACCCUGCUCUCUGCCACCAUGCCCCAGGAUGUCCUUGAGGUCACCACCAAGUUCAUGCGUGACCCCGUCCGUAUCCUGGUCAAGAAGCAGGAACUUACCCUCGAAGGUAUCAAGCAGUUCUACAUUGCCGUUGAGAAGGAGGAGUGGAAGCUCGACACCCUCUCCGACUUGUACGAGACUGUCACCAUCACCCAGGCCGUCAUCUUCUGCAACACCCGCCGCAAGGUCGACUGGCUCACCGACAAGCUCACUGCCCGUGACUUCACUGUCUCCGCCAUGCACGGUGACAUGGAGCAGGGCCAGCGUGAUGUUAUCAUGAAGGAGUUCCGUUCCGGAUCUUCCCGUGUCCUGAUCGCCACUGACCUUCUGGCCCGUGGUAUCGAUGUCCAGCAGGUUUCCCUGGUCAUCAACUACGAUCUCCCCGCCAACCGUGAGAACUACAUCCACCGUAUCGGUCGUGGUGGUCGUUUCGGUCGUAAGGGUGUUGCCAUCAACUUCGUCACCGCUGACGAUGUCCGUAUGAUGCGCGAGAUCGAGCAGUUCUACAGCACCCAGAUCGAGGAGAUGCCCAUGAACGUUGCUGGUAAGUUUCCUUUCGUCCUACCGUCUGGAUGAUUCUAAUAGGCUGGCAGACCUCAUCUAAACACCUUAAUUCCCGAAUCACCUCAUGCCCCUCGAUGCGGAUUACGAAUGCAGUUGCCAAUAACGCUCCAAGGGUGAGCUGCGGUGG